AGACGUUCCGAUUUAUUUAACCUAACCUUCAAUGUAUGUAUCCAAUUAAAUAACUCACUAUAGAACCUUUUCUUCGAAUUUUAAAAUAUAAUUUCUCUAUCUCAGGUUAGGUAAGGCAAGGUGGACUUCAGGAGACACUAAAAUGCACUAUAAAACAUAUAUUAUGUUGGUGGGAAGGGGGAAAUGAGGUAUGCUGGUGAAUAGUAAACCUCACUAAUCUAAUUUGUUCAGUGUGGUUGAAUCUCGAGCCGGUGUGGGAAAAUAUUCCUUUCCGACCUCAGAAGCCCAAAUAGGUCCCUCAUUAAAAUACGCUGGGUGCAAUUUCACACAUACCAUGUGUGAUUUCCAGUCUAGUCAUUCAUGGUAAGACACCAACUUGUAAGAAUCCUAGAAAAGAUUUAGGCGAAGGAAAAUAGCUAAGCUACAUAGCUCAGAGAUAUUUGUUUCAUUCAUGCAUAUUGCUUUUGAGAAGUUACCAUUGAUGAAGGUUUCUAUUUCUCCGGUGGGCGUCAGCAUCACUAGAAAAGGGAAGGCAAGGAGUCUGGGUUUAGGAGUCAAGAUGAUACCCUAUGUGGCGUUGUGCAAAUAUUUUCCUGUCGCUAUAGUUGUGGUCAUAGUUUUCAGUGUCAAUGGAUACAUUGAAGAUCCUCUUUUUGACUGCCUGCAAGAUUCAGACUAUGCCGAACUCCAUGAAAUUGUGAACAGAGGUCUUCCCUUCACAAAGACACCUCAUCGUAUUGCCAUCGUCGGUGGUGGUAUUGCUGGACUGACUGCAGCAAAGUUUCUGGAGGACGCAGGGCACAAGGUGACUUUAAUAGAGGCAAGUGGUCGAAUUGGAGGACGGGUGGAGACCUACAGAAAUAGAAGAGAGGGAUGGUAUGCAGAACUGGGUGCUAUGAGGAUCCCUAGCUUUCACAAAAUUCUUUUAUCAUUUGCAUUAAAAAUGGGCCUUGGACUGAAUCCAUUUAUCCAGGAUGAUAUCAACACAUAUUACUAUGUGAACGGGUUGCUACAGAAAACAUAUACGGUUAAAGAGAACCCAGACGUGCUGAACUAUCCCUUGACUGACAAGGAAAGGGGAAAAUCGGCUGGUCAGCUCUUCGACUUGGCCCUGUGGAAGAUAAGGGAUGAUAUCAAGACAGCUGGCUGCGAGGCCAUGUUGAGAAAAUAUGACUCGUACUCAGUCAAGGAGUAUCUAGUGAAGGAGGGGAACCUGAGUCGUGGUGCCAUGCGCAUGAUUGGAGAUAUCCUGAAUGAGAACAGCCUCUUCUACGCAUCACUUACUGAGAUGCUGUAUAUUCAGUCAGAUAUUAACGACAACACUGUCUAUUACGAGAUCACUGAUGGGUUUGACCAUUUACCAAGGGCAUUUUACCAGGCCCUCAACAGUACCAUUCUUCUCAACUCCAAGGUCCGACUCAUCAGUCAAACCAGCAGCAACGUAACCGUAUCCUACCAGGACUGGCGCAAUCCAUCCUCCCUGACCAACCUUACAGUAGACUAUGCCCUGGUGACAGCUACAGCGAAGGCUACCCUCUUCAUGGAUUUCCAACCCCCGCUGUCACCCCAGAAGAUGGAGGCCCUGCGGUCCGUGCACUACGCCAGCUCCACCAAGGUGGUCCUCAGCUUCAGUGAGAGAUUCUGGGAAAAGGAGGGCAUCAAAGGGGGGAAGAGCAUCACAGAUCUCCCCUCUCGUUUCAUCUACUACCCUAGCCACAGCUUCCCAGGCACGGCUGGGGGGGCUCUCCUGGCUUCCUACACCUGCUCCGAUGACUCCACUCUGUUCCAGGGGGUCAGCGAGGAUGAACUGAAGGCCUUGGUGCUGGAUGACCUGGUAAAGAUCCAUGGGGAGGCUAUACGACCUCUCUGCACUGGAGGGUUGGUGAAGAAGUGGGGGCUGGAUCCCUUCAGCCUGGGGGCUUUUGCCAUUUACACACCUUACCAGCAGACGGACUACGCCUCGGACCUGUUCAGGAAUGAGAGCAGAGUCCACUUUGCUGGGGAGCAUACGGCCCUACCUCACGCUUGGAUCGAGACUGCCAUGAAAUCUGCACUAAGGGCAGCCAGGAACAUAAGUAACCUGGCAUGAUAGACAUCUGGGGCCUGGGGACAUCGAUUGUAUUUUGAAUAGCUUGAGAAGCCAUGAUUAAAGGUUGAAUGUUGACAAACGAAAUGAUGAAAUUCAAUGGCCAAACCAAAAACAAUACAAUUUUGUAACGUUUUUUAGUACUGUCUGAUGAUGCAUUCGCUAGUAUACAUGUGUUCUGCUUUACUCAAUAUGAAUGGCACAACAUGAUGAGAUGAGUGUGGAUGAAAUGAAACAGAACUGAACAGGUUUACUGGCCUAUUUACAAGUACUCUUCAGGGCAUAUUGUUCAUACCUUUUCCCCUUUCUAAACUUUAUUAUUUUUGUGUGUACUGUUUUAAAAUGGCAAUUUUGUUACACAUACUAAAGUAUUGUAGGAAAGAAAACUAUGUAAAAUGAUGAUGUCACACAUACGUUACAUAGAUGUAAUGAGCAGCAUGGUGUAGGUGUAGUUCUUGGGCCUCUUUUUAAAAAAUGUUAUUUUAAUAAAGCCGUAUUGCAACCAAAAA